AUGUCCGACGAGGAAGAGUACUACGAAGAUGAAUAUGACGAUGAUUGGUUGUGGUACGAUGACGCGAGCCUGGGCGUUGCUGAUGAUCUCGCCGAGGCCGCUACUUAUUCCCCUGUUAUAGUUGACGACCCGUCUCUCGAUACGGUAGAGAGCUUCAGUGACUGGGAAUAUUAUUCGGACGAUUUUUAUGAUGACGAUCCCACGGUUUUGCGGCGGCGACGGGCCGUAAAGGCAUUACAAGAGGCAGAAAACCAAAUCGAUGGCCCCCGAGGAAGAAGAAGCGAACGGCCUCUACGACUGAUGGGAUUCCUGAAUUAUACUGCGUCUUUCAAAGGCGUCAUCUGGAAAAAGCCGGAUAGCGCAGAGAAACAGCCCGAUCUGUAUGAGCCUGGCCAAUGCGAAAAGGUAGCUCUGUUCAAGGACUGGCGGGAAGUCUUCAAAGCUUCCCACUGUAAGAGCAACUGGUUGCGGGAACCUAGUCCACACAACCGGCUCCACCUUCAAGAGAACGGUGUCCAUGAGCUCACACCAUCUGGCCAAGAGGAUGGGGUCAUGGGUGAAGAUUAUUCACUGCUCCUGGAUCAGACGUCGGAUGGUCCGUACUCUCCGCCGCCCGUGUCGAUUGACGAAUUAGGAAAGCCUCCUCAUGAACCAAAGAUUACAAGAGCCCAACCUUUGAGAACUACGUCUCGGCUUAAGGAAGUCAUGACAGUUGACGACCAACUGACAAACAUGGCGACCCUUCUUACGUCUCCUGAGAGGGAGGAGGAAGUGAAGGAGGAGGAGGAGGAGGAGGAGGAGGAGGAGGAGGAGGCAACAACUCCCGAGAAGCUGGCAGGAUAUCAGCAGCUUCUCUAUGUGGAGAUACCGGCAGCUCCACCUCCGUCUUCGCCAAUGACCCCUUCGCAAAUGACUCCUAAGCGCCGCAGAGCGAAGAAACGACGAGCGUCUGCAGCUGUAGAAGAGGAGGGCUCGGCUGGGAAACGGAAACGUGUUGCUAAGAACACUGCAACAGUGGCCGCUAAGGAAGAUAGUAAUCGGCGGCGAUCAGCGCGAUUCUCAUUGUCGCAGGAACUGUCAGUCGCCAAAGAAGAUGCUAGUCGACGACGAUCAAAGCAGUUCUCAUUGUCCCAAGAACAGACAGUUGCUAAAGAAGAUGGUAAUC